CGGAGGAACAAGGACAUCUGACGCGACAGUCUCAACCGCUCUGAGUUCGGGUGUGUGUAGGCUGUAGGAAUGCGGGAUAGAAGUCAACGUAAAAACACCUGCGUUUCCCUGACAACAUGACAACAACAGAUCUGAACCUGACAUCCCUCCUGAACGUGUCUGAUCUCCACAAGGCAACACAGGGGGGAUGUUCCCUGACCGGGACAGGCUUCCAGUUCUACUAUCUGCCCACCGUGUACAUCCUGGUGUUCGUCACCGGCCUGGUGGGGAACAGUCUGUCCAUCUGGAUGUUUGUCUGCCACAUGAGACCCUGGAGCAGCAUCUCCGUGUACAUGUUUAACCUGGCUCUGGCCGACUUCUGCUACGUCCUCUCCCUGCCCUUCCUCAUCUUCUACUACUUUAAUAAGACCGACUGGAUAUUCGGGGACGUUCUCUGCCGACUGCAGAGGUUUAUAUUCCAUGUCAAUCUGUACGGCAGCAUCCUGUUCCUGACCUGUAUCAGUGUCCACAGGUACACAGGAGUGGUCCACCCGCUCAAGUCUCUGGGAAGGCUCAAGAAGAAGAACGCCGUGCUGACCAGCGCCCUGGUCUGGGUCGUGGUCAUAGCGAGUAUCUCUCCCAUCCUCUACUACUCUAGGACGGGGCAGAAACGGAACGCCACCACGUGCUACGACACGACCACGGAGGAUGAGCUGCCGGGUUACUUUAUCUAUAGCAUGUGUUUGACCGUGUUCGGCUUCUGCAUCCCCUUCAUCAUAAUCCUGGGUUGCUAUGGGAUGAUCGUCAAGGCGCUGAUCUGUAACGACAUGAACAACGGCCCGUUACGGCGUAAGUCCAUCCACCUGGUGAUUAUCGUGCUGGCCGUGUUCGCUGUGUCCUACCUGCCCUUUCACGUGAUGAAGAACCUGAACAUGCGAGCCCGGCUGUACUUCCAGGUCCCGGACAUGUGUGACUUUAAUAACCGGGUGUACGCCACCUACCAGGUGACGCGGGGGCUGGCCAGCCUCAACAGCUGUGUGGACCCGGUCCUUUACUUCCUGGCUGGGGACACGUUCAGGAGGAAGUUGUCCAGAGCUACUAUAAAACAAUCCAAGAAGGGGGAGCUCCCACUGCAGUCUAAGAGUGAAGAGACGGCGCUCAACAGCCUGCCGGAGUAUGUCAAGAACAGAGAUGGACAGUUCUGAGAGAGAUCUCGUUCCUGGUCUUGGUCUCUGGUCCGCGUGGUCCGUCUGAACCUCGUACAGGGGUUUUGUGUGAAAAUGUACUGUGUAUUGGUGCUGUGGACCUCGCAGACUGUGUGCACUGUGGAUAGAACAGUCCGGGCGGGAUUGUGACAAAGCUGACGAUAAAAGUUUGUGUCUCUGUAAUGCUUAUUACUAGCUAGGUAUUUUCUGAAUGUGAACCAAGUGCUCAUCCAUCCAUAACCAGACAUAAGGUGAAGGAUAAUACGUUGAUCUCCUGUAAACAACUGUCCCCUUGUUCCUCUAUCGAACCAAUGCUAAUGUGUUUGUAAUGGAGAGAGAGGGCUCUGCUAGCCACCCAGUGGAUGCUUCAUAAUCACUACCUCUUAGCAGGUAGAGAGUGGUGGCUGAGGCUAGGUGAGACACCAGGGAUGACUGAGAUCUAUUACCAAGAGCCUGGGCCUUAUGCCUGCUCUGUGGAGGUUGACAUACAGAGAUUAUAAUGCACUAUGACUGCUCUGAGUGGCUUUUCUCAGACUGCUACAAAUGAAUUGAACACCAGUACAGUCAGUAUAUCACUGUGGCGUGCGCUGUGUGUCCAUGGUCUAUCUAUUCUACAUAAUAUGAAGGGACUAUACUAGUCUCAUGUGAAUAUGACACUAUACAGUAAUAUACUGUAAUAUACUGUAAAUACAGUAAUAUACUGAUAUAUACAGUAAUAUACUGUAAUGUACUGUAAAUACAGUAAUAUACUGAUAUAUACAGUAAUAUACUGUAAUGUACUGUAAAUACAGUAAUAUACUGAUAUAUACAGUAAUAUACUGUAAUGUACUGAAUGUGUGUUGUAGUUGUACUGUACAGGUUAUGUUGUUAUUGUUUUUUGUUUUUGUUAUUGCAUGAGUCCAGUGUAAUUAUCGGAAGGCAAUUUACCAAUGAAAAAUCACGGCAGACGUUUUCUAUGAAGUGUUGAACUGUUUAUAUGCAGGUGACCAUAUGAUUUAAAUGUAACGUUACUUGAUGUGUAAAACAGCCAUAUUGAGUUUUUGGGGGGGAUUGUUAAACCCAAUGAAAUGUUUUUCACCUCUCAGUGUUCUGUACACAUAACAAUUAAAACUUCAAUCUCUUUAGCCACCUUUAGUAGGUGGAGAAAAUCAACUUAAAACCUGGAACUAUGUAUGUUGUGCUAUGUAUCUCAUUAUCAUCCUAGUUGAGCCAUUUUCUGACUGUUCCUGAUCUGGGCAGCAACUCUAGCAGUUCCACAGAUGUUCAUAGUAUAAUAUUGUAUGUGGAUAGACUGAUAAUAGCAUUAAAUGCACAAGUUACCCCCCCAUCCAUAUUAUUGAGAGAUAUGUAGACCUGAUGAGGAAGUGGAUGAUAUGAUCAUAUCUGCCUUUUAUAGAAAUCUGUGGGACUGCACAUUCGCUGCUCAGGUCAGGGGCCAUGUUGCACACAGUUGCCCUGAAGUUGUACAGCAUUUGGGGGUCAGUUGUGAAUGUGUGAAUAAACGUUUUAUAUAAAACAUGUUAAAAGUUA